UAAAGAUGAGGAUGUCAUCAAGGUACACGACGACGCAGACUUCGAGGAGGUCACGAAAGAUAUGAUUCAUGGUGGACUGAAAUGUGGCGGGGGCAUUGGUGAGGCCGAAAGGCAUUGCGAGGAACUCUUAAGUGCCCGAACGGAGAGUGGGAUGUCGUCUUAUGGGUGUCCUCAUCGCGGAUACGGAGCUGGUGGAAGCCACUGCGAAGGUCAAUUCUGGUGAAAUAUUUGGCUCCACGAAGUCGAUCAAGGAGCUCGAAGAUCCGAGGGCCCGGAACUUAGUUGUAGACUUACCAAGGGUGGCAGCGAUGAAUUUGAGGUGGAAACGGGAUGAGUUGGCGGUGGUGAUAAUGGUGUUGAGGCGGCGUUGUUUGUUGCCUAACUGGACAAGCCGAUCGAGUCGAGCUUGUUCCUCGACAACAGCGGAGAAGGUGACAGAGGAUGGAUUUGGAAGGAGGGUGGAGGAGCACAAAGCAGUGGGGGGCAUCUCAAGGGAUGAAGGUUGCAACGCCUCGGGGUCAUCCGAUGGAGAGGGUGUCAUCGGGGAGGGGGGAGGCAGACAGAUUGUCGAUGCCAAAUGGGCCGUCAGUGGGAGGGGGAUGUUACCGGCGGGUUGGCCGACAGACGAGUUGUCGAUGCCGGGACGAGGUCCAGGGGACUGUGUUCAGGACAAGGAGGGACCCGCGCCUGCGGAGGGGGGUGACGCGAAGGUUGCGGGUCGAUGGGUUGUCGUCUUGGGCGAGGGGGGAGGUGGAGCGACCGUGGUGGAGGUAGUGGUGGAUGAGGGUGGGGAUGUACAGGUGGAUAGUGUUGGUGUGGAGGUUGAAGCGGAGGCUUGUCCGGAGGAGGGGGUGGUUUGGGGUGUGGAGGAGGGGGGUGUGGUCGUGGUGACCACCGUGAUGGCGGGGGAGUUUCUCUCGAGCAUGGUGACACGAGCGGAGAUGGCGGCCAUUGUGGUGUUGAUGGUGGCGAGGGAGGAUUUGAGGGCGGUCAAUGUUUGGAGGAUAGUUGCGACUUUCAGGAUGGUGGUGGUCGAAGUUGGCUGAUUGCCUGCGAGUUCGUGGGCAAUGCUGUUGACGGAGUCAGAGUGAAGAUCAGACAUGUUGAUGGAAGAUUGGGCCAUGGUGGAGGAAGAGGGGGUGGAUGACGUGGCCGGAGCGGAAGUGGAGGCGGUAGCAACGGAUGUGAUAGAGGCAGCGGUGGCGGCGCCAGCGGCGUCGGCGGCAACGCGUUGGGAGUUCUUGGUUUGGCAUGGUGGCAUGUGGAGAUGCGGGGAACAAUUCCUAUUUACAAGAAUAGAGAGUCAUCAAGUGAUUUAGCAAUGAAGGUAGCAUAAUUAA